AUGGCGCCAGAUAUAUUGUCCCGACAACGGCUUCUAAUAAUCACCUACCCACGAACGGCCUCAAAUCUUCUCAUGCAGAUCCUCAACAUGCCCGAGCAACCUAAUACACUCUGUGAAGAAAAUGGCGGCUAUUUCUUUCUACCCGCACUUCUCCGCAUGCGCCAAUUGGGUAUGAUGGAGCGCCCGUAUAGCGAAUGGUCACAAGAGCAGCGGUCCGAGAUUCAGGAUUUGUUCCAGGAUUGCUUCGACAAGCUUCAAGCUCAGGCUGCGGAUGCACAAGCCGCAGGAAAAAGGAUUGUUGCGAAAGAACAUGCUCCUGCCAUGAUUGACCCCCUUUCACUCAUGAGGUUCGGUUCAACACAACAGGAACUCGCUUUGAUGCCCGAUGGGCCUUGGAAGAUCCAGCUUCCGGAUGAGUGGAGCCAGGCUAAAUCUCUCGAUUGCAUCAUGGACGAUUUAUUCUGCAAUGACACGGUUCUCCCGAACGCCUUUCUGAUGACUUGGCUGCCUACAUUUCUCAUCCGAAACCCUAUCGUGGCAUUUCCCUCAUACUACCGCGUAUUUCACUCAGCUCGCAACGCACAUAAAAGGCAAAUGAAAUAUGCUAAGGGCCAAAUGAACCGAACGAUGACUAUGAGAUGGACAAGGCGGUUGUACGACUGGUACAUGAACAUUUGGCAACAACAAAAAAGAUGCAAGGAGUGCCAGCAAGGCCCAGUAAUCCUGGAUGCUGACGAUAUCCUGACCUCCCCGGAGGAAUUGAAAAAGUAUUGCCGACUGGUUGGACUGGAUGAGACAAAAUUGCAGUUCUCGUGGAAGCCGCUCUCGGAAGAGGAGGUCGCGAAGUGUCACCCCUUAAAACAACGCAUGCGUGACACACUACAUGCUUCUUCGGGCAUUCAGAAAGAUAAACUGGCAGGUGAUAGGAAUCUGGAGACAGAAUUGGUGGAAUGGAAAGAUGAGUUUGGUGAGGAAGAGGGCUUGCAGCUUCGAGAGUGGGUCGUUGCAGCCAUGCCGGACUAUGUUUAUCUGCGAGACAGGCGCCUACAGCUCUGA